AUACAAAGGUAGCGGUUUUCAAGCUACAUUCAUAGCUGUCUUGCGAAGGAGUCACACAAGAUGGCCUUCAAGUUAUUCUUCGGGGCUUUAGCCCUUAUGGUCGUCUCCACCUACGCCAGAAGCACAUACAAAAGACACGCCAACCCAUGUCCACCAGGAUGUCCCGCAUCUUGUGCUCCAGCCUGUGCUGUGUCUUGUUGUCUUCCACCCCCUCCUCCACCACCACCACCUCCACCACCACCACCACCACCACCAGAGCCAGCAAAGCCAGGACCACCAGGACCAGGAGGUAGAAUGGGACCACCAGGACCUGUCGGCCCAAUCGGACCUAUGGGAGAAGCCGGACCACCAGGACCUCCAGGACCACAAGGACCUCCCGGACCACCAGGAGAGCCUGCUCCACCACCACCACCACCACCUCCAUGCCCACCUGUUUGCGCUCACACCUGUGUCAGCUCCUGCCCAGCUGGAUGUUGUGGUGCAGGUCGUCGAUAAGCUGCCCAGCUUCGUAUUGUUUUUAUACAUCGUUUUUGUUAUGUACAAACAGGAAGAAGAGGAGACGACGUUUAAAUGAAAUUUAUUUUUCGCUAUUCAUAAUCAUAUUUCUGUGGCCACAGAGUUUUUUGAAGUCUCAAUGUAAUUUCUUUUCAUACACGCAAGAUAUUCCUUUGAACGGAUCGAGUUAUAGAGUAUAAAUACAGUUUUGUUAUGUUAGACUAACGUGUGCACUUUGUAUUAAAAGAUUGAACCAAA